AAUCUAUUGACAUUUCUAUUUAUUAAAAACACGUUAUAAACAAAUUUAUACAUUUUUUUUGUGUAUUUCUAAAUAAUAACUUGUUUUAUUCGUAUUAUUUUAACGCUAAAUUUGUCAAAAUGCUUUAUUUGGAAGACUAUUUAGAAAUGAUCGAACAUUUACCUCAAGAACUCAGGGACAGGUUCACUGAUAUGAGAGAAAUGGACCUUACAAUACACAAUAAUAUGGACGAAUUGGAAAAGAGGGGGAAAGCUUUUUUUGCCGACUGUAAAAAGUACCAAAAUUCUGAAAUUCCACCUAAUUUAGACGAAGAGUUCCAGGCAAUUAGAAAAGAGUAUUAUAAGACACUAGAGGAUGCUGAUGAAAAGGUUCAUUUGUCAAACCAAAUGUAUGAUUUGGUAGAUAAGUACUUAAGAAGAUUGGAUUCAGAGCUUCACAAGUUUAAAUGUGAAUUAGAAGCAGAUAAUAAAGGUAUUACAGAAGUAUUGGAGAAAAGAAGCUUAGAGUUAGAUACGCCCGCACCUGCCGUUAGUCAGAAGGAAAAUAGAUACGAUAGUGUCAGCUCAAACAACUACACGACUCAGCGAUAUUCCCGUCCACGUAGCGAAAAACGGCGGGAUAGUAAUUCUUCUGUAUCAAAUCAGUAUGCAGAAAAAAGACAAUUGCAACAGAUCGCGAUGCAGACAGUCUCCGGCGGAACUUCAAUAGCUGCUACCCCAAUGUCAUUGCCUGAAACCCGUCACAUGACGUCUGUAACAUCUCAUAACGUAUCGGCCGGAACGAACGGCCCUAGUGCCGCAAUGUCAUACGGAUUGGGUCACCAUAGCUUAGGUGCGGGAAAUGCGAUUGCGGCAGCUGCGUCCCAAGCUAUCGCUGCUACACAACAAAUGCAGCAAGGAAGAAGAACAGCAAGUCUAAAAGCAUCAUAUGAGGCUAUCAACACGAGCGGACAUGAGUUCAUACCAAGGGAACUGGCAGGAGCUGCACAGACUGCCAUUCAAGCGAUCCAACAGGAUCACGCAAACAAUAAGAAAAAACAAAAGAAAUACAAUAAUACAUCGUCCUCUUCAUCUACAUCUGUUCAGCAAAUGGUGUCAGCUCAGAUCCAACAACCAGUCGCGAUACAGGAAGUAAACACUACUGAAGUCGAUCCUGUGUCUGUAGAAGUUGGAAGCGAGGAAUGGACUUAUGAUCCCAAUGAGCCAAGAUAUUGUCUGUGUAAUCAGGUGUCCUACGGAGAUAUGGUUGCAUGUGAUAAUGAAGAGUGUCCUUCAGAAUGGUUUCACUAUCCUUGUGUCAACAUUACAGCACCUCCCAAAGGCAAAUGGUACUGCCCACAAUGUACCACUACAAUGAAAAGACGAAGAAAAAACUAGGAAUUAAGCAUUUUAAAAUGAAUAUUAGUAAGUUCAAAAAAAACAUAUUAAAUGUAAAGUUCUAAAAGAAAAACAGUCUUAAAAAUAUAUUUAAAAAAAAUAAUAAAAAGUACAAAAUUAUAAAAAAUGUGUGUAACGUGUUUUUUGCAGUAAAUAUCAGCCUGUUUCUCUUUUCAUGUUAAAAAAUGUGAUACACCAAUUCUAAGUAGGUAGUUAAGUCCCAAAAUGUCAUUAUUAUUAUUUUAUAUAAUUUUUAGUAUUUUCACAAAAAUUUUCUUUAUUUUAUAACUAAAUCUUUCUAUGUAUAUGUGAUAUUUAAGUAAUUUUUUAUAUUUAUUAAAAAAAUUGUUCGCAAAAUAAAGUUGCUAUUGCAAUUAUGUCUAUAAAAUAAAAAUCUUGUGAGAUUUUUUUUUUAAUUUUUGAGAAUUAAUAUAAAAAAAUGAACGUCUGUAUAAACCCUUACUGGGUUAAACAAAUAAAUUUUGUUUCUUAGGACUGUUAGAUAUACAUAUUUUUAUUUUAUAAGAAAAAUAUUUAAACAUGCAAAAUUUGCUUUAUAGAUAUACAUAUUUUUAUUUUAUAAGAAAAACAUUUAAACAUGCAAAAUUUGCUUUAUGGAAUUGCUGCAUAUACAAAAAAAUCUCUUAAACCACAUUGUAGUUACUUCGUUUUUAUUAUAACGGCAUAAGCCAUGCUUGGAAUCACUAGCCUAGAAAAAAGGAAGUUUUUUAAUCAGAACAAAUGAGUAUUACAAGAUUAGUCCUACGAUUAUCAUUUUAUUUAAUUUUAUGAUUUAAAAUACUUUUUAUAUAGCUAAAGUUUAGCCUUUAUAAGCCUAAGUUUAGAAUUGAAUAAUUUCAGUUAAUAUCUACAAUAUGAUGUAGAACAAAUGGAUUUGUAAAUUCUUUUUUCAGUACUUUAUUUUGCAUUAUGUAAAUCUCAAAUUUAAUAAACAGUUGUUUGCUCCUACAAA